AUGGAGAAAAGACAAGCGCCAAACAACGGGGAAGAUCAGAUCAUCUUCUUGAAAAUAAUUCAAGGAAUCCGUUUCACUCAGGACAAGCCGGCCCGUAAAAUCGCCCUGGUGGCAUCACUCGAUCACAGCUCACUUAACGCAGUCAGCCGCAGACCCAUAACGCCCGGAGGUGGUUCUGCUUCUUUCAACUCGAGCUUCGUUUGGACCUGUGACCGGAUCUCCGUCAAGCGCAUGAAAACGGCCAACCAACCGAUUAAACUUGAUUGUUAUGAAACGCAUCCCAACGGCCAGCGGCUUCUUAUCGGCUGUGUCGUUAUUCCGUUGCGGUCCGUGGCAGUGGUAACGUUGGCGAAGGCCAGGCAAAUUCAACCCCGGUGGUACCGGUUGAUUGGAAUCGAAAGCGAACGCUGGAGACGACAGAAGCCAGAACUGCAGCUGCUCGUGAUGAUUACCGAUUCCCGCUACCUCCAGACCGACGACGUGAAAGAUUCGUCCAGCGCUACCGAUGAACUGAGUGAGGAACGCCAACGUACCACCAUCUUUGCCAAUCCCGACGUAGCCCAGCUUCCGGGAACGGUUGAAUUACUCGAAGAUCGGGGCCUACUACAAGUCGGACAGCGGUCAACCGACACCGAUCUCUUUCUGCUGGAAAUUGCGUUGAAGUGUGGCCGACACUUGGAUCGCCUUGCCCCGGACGUAGACACCAGCACCUUCCACCUGCGCUACCAGCUGCUGGGCGAUCAUUAUUCUCCCCACGCAGAGCGUAAGGACCCCGGAUCGGCUGUGUUCGUAGUGCAGGAAAAAAUAUCCCUCAAUCUGCGCAGUUCGCUGGCCGCUUUGGCGUGCUUUUUCCAAGAUGCGCUAAAGAUUACGGUCGAUGUGCUGUGCGAAGGCAGCGACCGGGCCGGAGCGCUUCCCACAGGCAUGUCCACUAUCGGAAGUACUACGAUUGAUUUUGUCGAUUUUCUACACGGAAAAAGCAUGCAAAUGUUCGAAGAGAAAGAUACACUCGUGGCGGUACGCAACUUCCCCAUCCAUCCGAGCGAUCGCCCCGUGACGGAGCGAUCUGGUGAUCAAUGCGCCGAAGAGUGCCUCGCAGAGGCGUCACUGAAGUGCAAACUUUCGCUACGAUUUCUGGGAAGCGACAAUCGUCCAGCAACGAGUGACAGUGUAAAAACAGAAGGAAGCAAAGCGCUAACCGAUGCGGAUAGUAAGGCGCAAGAAAUUGAGACCGUUUCGUACACUGUGAACUGGUCACGUGAACAAAGCAUUGCGCCCCAAAGCGUUCCCGAAUUGCACCGAAGACAGGAGUUCAAAGCAGCGUCAGAAAAACAGGAGAAGAUCGAUAUCGAUACGAUCUUGCUGACGUCCGAGCAGGAUCUGCGAGACAUACGGCGUACGUUUGCGUUUUCGGUCACCGUAGAAAGUGUCCAGUUCAACAUCAACCCUUCUCCCGGCAUGUGGCAACUUACGCUGCAGCAUCCGAAGGGCGACACACCGUUCACGAGACUCGUACUAGAACUGCUACCCGACGCCAUCGCUCCGUCGCAUCGGGUUGACUUUGGUGGUGUCGCUUUAAAGCUUCUCUUCUCCACCCUACCCGACCAGAUGCUGGCCACCAUCGGGUGCGAACCCUCGAAGCUGACACUGAAUGGACCGCACGGUCUGUACGGAUUCGCCUGGCUCGACAACGGCAGCCUUUUGGUCGGUACACGCGAGAAACAACCUUCCGGUGUGGUGGUGCUGGUAAACGAGGCCGGCGAAACUGUGGCCAUUGCAACUGUUACAUGCUCUCUGGGAGAGGUGGGCCUCAACUACAACAGCCAACUGCGCUACGAUUCGGUGCCGAGAUCUUCGUCGUCGUUACCGACUUGUCACCAUUCGACCUCCCGCUCAGUUCCGUUCGAUGAAACCGUUGCCUACUAUCUGCUCGAGGAGCAGAAAGAGUGGAUGCGUAAGGAACGUGAUCGAUUUUCGGAGGAACUGCGCGAAAAAGAGCUGCAACACUUGGAAUCUCUCACGCGGGACUGGAAGGCGAAACAAGCGAUGGACGAACAGGUACUGGUCGAACGGUUGGCGUACGCAGACACGCUGGCCAAGAGUCUGGAAGAGGCAAGACGCACGGCGCUGGACUCUCGCACACCCCACACGACUCGGAUAGAGCAGAUCGAGCACCGGUUUCAGCGCCAGCUGUCGGCGAUACGGGCGCAAGCCCUUCGAUUACAGCGUGAGGCGGAAUGUCACAUCGAAGCGACACGUAAACAGUGCCUUGAGCUGCAGGAACAAUCGGCCGAACAAACGUUCCAACAGCAGCAGUUGCUGGAGAGGAAUCGGAUGCUGCAGGCAGAGCUGGAUGACGAACGGGAAGCGCGCAGUAAGGAGGUGGCGGAACUGCACCGGACGCUCGAGGAAGUCACACAAUCGAAGGCGUACUACAAGGAACAGUGGGCGAAGCAGACACGCGAGUUGCAUCAGCUGCGGCAGGAGCUGACCAUGUGCCGCACUCCGUACCACCAGGCCUCGUCGUUGGUGACUCGGCCCAAGAAGCCGUCUUCUCAAAAACCGACGACGCAUUCGUCAAGAUAUGGCCGAUGA